AUGCUGGCCACCAAAACGCCUCGAUCCUCCCCGCUGGGCGCGCAUCGGCACCAGCACUUUGGGCCAGCCCUCCCCCGUCGCGGGCCAGCCACCAGGUCCCGGUGGCCCGACGGGCAUCGGCGCCCGGGGCGGCGAUUCGGAUGCCGCGCUGAGAAGGAGGAGGAAAAGGGCAAUGGGGAAGGGCAAGAUGGAAAUGGGCGGAACGAAAGAUCCAAGGCGAGGGAGGAGGGCGCAAGGAAGUACAGGGAGCAGCUGGCGAAGCAGGGGGUCGACAAGGCCACGGCGAACAAGAUGCUGGAGGUGUGGAAGAAGCAGGGGAUGGAGAACCCCGACCAGCUGAGGCGGAUGUUUGUCAAGGGCACGCUGCGGCCUCUCGGAGGGGGGGCGAUCCAGCUGCUGCUGGACUUGGGCGCCACCGUGGGCGCCUGGUACGCUGUGCAAUUCCUGCGGUCGCUGGACCCGUUCCCGCUCCAGGGGGUGCUGGAGUUUCUGAUCGUGGGGGGGUCGGCUUACUACGCCGUGUCGGUGAUCUUCGAUUUGUUGACGCUGGCGUCGAUCCUGAUCGCCACAGUGCAGUUCGGGGCGAAUAGCGAGGAGUUCCUGGAGGCGGUCCGGGAGCUGGCGGGCCAGGAGGGGGGCGGCGGUUGGGUAGUGGGCAAGGCCAAGACAGCGGUGAACACGCUGAAGGUGGUGCAGGCGCUCAACGAGCUGUCGGCGUCCCUCAAGGAUAAAGCUGCCCAAAGGGGCGACGACAUGACCACUCUGGAAAACUUGUCUGCCUAUUUCAUCCUCUCCAAGGCAGAGGAACAAUUCGACUUCAAGCCCGAGAAGUACGAUCUCACAGAGAAGGAGGCCUACAGACUGGCGCUGACUUUUUCGGCAGCUGACCUGAAUGAUGAUGGCGUCAUUGAAAGGAGCGAGCUCCAGAAACUAGUCGACACCCUGGGCACCGAUCUCUCUGAAGAUGAGCUGGCAGAGGCCGUUCGCCUUUUGGACACAAACCAAAACAACGUCAUAGACUUCACCGAAUUCGUCGACUUUUGGCAGAUGAAGUGCAAAGUGCCCCCAGCGAAGGCUGCGUCCUAG